AUGUCCUUAUUCAACCUCUUUGUUAACGAUCAGAAUAACCACUGCAACCUUUGUUUCGAGGGAAAGUUAUUGAGGAGUAAAGAACAGAAGAAAGCGGAGAGGGCGGCUGCAAGUGAAGUUGGUCUUCAAAAUCUUAAGUCAGACGAACAUAUUGUUAUUACAAAACCUGAUAAAGGAAAGGGCAUUGUCUUAUUGAAUAGAACUGACUACAUUGACAAACUCUCUACUUCACUUUCUGACUCGUCUAAAUUCCAACUGUUAAAUGUCAACCUUGCCACCCACUUGUUAAAGCUAGAGGACAAGCUAAACAGAAUUAUACGACCCUUAAAAACAAUCCUUGAUGAAACCAUAUAUCACUCUAUCUUUUCCGCUGGUUCUCGUGCUGGUUUUAUGUAUGGUCUCCCAAAAGUACACAAACCAGGUUUACCCCUUAGACCAAUUAUUUCAUCUAUUGGCACCUUCAGUUAUAACCUGGCAAAAUUUCUUGUACAAAACAUUCAACCUUUAAUAUAUAACGAAUACACGAUUUCCAACUCAUCGAAUUUCGUAAAUGAAAUCAGUCAUUUAAGAUUCGAUGACACCAUAACCAUGGCUAGUUUUGACGUCGAGUCUUUGUUCACGAAUGUACCUCUAGCUGAGACCACACAAAUCAUCACUGAUAAUACUACAGCAGAAUGCCUUUCACAUUUUGGUUUAGAAAAGAAACAAUUACUUUCUCUUCUAAAUGUUGUCACAAAAGAUUCAGUUUUUACUUUUGAUAACCGCCUGUACACUCAGAUUGAUGGUGUUGCUAUGGUUUCUCCCAUUGGCCCUAGUUACGCUAAUGCUUUUCUAUGUUAUCAUGAAAGGAAAUGGCUACAAGACUGCCCUCUAGAAUUUAAACCCUUGUUUUACAAAAGAUACAUAGACGAUACUUUUCUAGUGUUCAAACACCCAUCACACGUCCCUGUUUGA